CAUGCUCGCAAGUCUUACUUGGCACUGAUCGCUCCUUACUUGCCUUUCUGAUUCCUAGGCCCACCUACGGGCGCCAUUCUCGUAGGUUCUGUUCGUCAAGGCAAAGCUUUAGCGCGAGGAUUGUCCGCAGUGAGACUAUUCCUUUCAUCUGGGCAGGUUGCACGUCUGCACAGCCAUGAUACCACAAUCCAAGCCCAACCAGCCCGCCGCUGAGGAGCCGAUGCCCUCGCCUGAGGAGCUUCUUGCACUUGUGGAGCUCUUGCAGCAGCAGGGCAUGAACAUGGACCAAGUCCCACCUGACCUAAAGACCAUGCUAGACAACGUGAAGCGCCAGAAAGCCGCCAAGGGAGGCGCCGCGCCGCCGCCUGACACCCCCACGGAGGAGAUCACCCCGGAUCCAGGCUUCGUCAUCAAGACGUCUGAGGUAGGCAGCGGCCGCAAGGUCUUCAUUAAUGUGUGUAGCUCGGCUCGCGUGGCGGCGCCGGGCGGGUGGGACGGCGGGGUGAUGCCGGACGAGGUGGCGGCGGCGCUGGACAAGCUGCAGGCUGCCAACGGUGACGCCGCCGCCGCCACCAUGACCCCCGGGGAGGUGGAGGCGCUGCGCUUCCCGCUGGCUGCCGGGCCCCCCCGCGCCGACACGGAUCGCAAGGGCGCGCCCUGCACCGUCAUCGACGUGGUGUUCAAUGCGGACGUCGUGCGUGUGGCGGCGGGGGCGCGCAAACUAAAGGCGCUGCUGAUCGAGGUGGCCACGGGCUGGGUAGGCAGCAAGCUGGGUGCUGAGCUGGAUCCGCGCUACAAGCUGCCCAAGAUGCGGUACAAGGGGGAGGUGGUGGCCAGCCAGCGCAUCCGGGCGGACGACAAGCGCAAGAAGCUGGUUACGGAGCUGCGGGAUGUGGACGAGGAGCCCUCCUUCGCGCUGCGGACCACCAAGCCGUCACAGCAGCAGCAGCAGCAACAGCAGCAAGCUGCCAAGGCGGGCAGUAGCAGCAGCACCGCAGCUGCCGGGCCGGGGCCGGGCAGUGCCGGAGGGCAAGCAGCAGCGGCUGCGGCGGGUAAGAGCGGGGGCGCAACAGCAGCCGCGGCCACGAUGGCACAGAAGGCAGGGUCUGUGGCUUCGUCGACGGCAGCAGCAGGGGCAGGAGGAGCAGCAGGAGGGGGGUUAAUGACGUAUAAGGUCGAGUACGAGGGGCGACCGGUGGAAUGGAUCCGAGUGACGGUGGACCUGCCACCGCACCGACCCGCGGGUCAUCAUGCGUCCGCCCAACCAGACCCACAGCACCAGGCGUCAUUAAAUACCUCUCAGCCAGGCAGCGAUGUCGCAGUGGAGGUAUGCGGCCGAAGCCUCUUCGUGCGGACUCCGGGGCACCCAGAGUUGCAGGUACCGUUGCUGUUCGCGGCAUCCGUCCAGGGAGCCACCGCCACACUCAAUGCUUCCCCACCUGCGGCCAAGGCGGCAGCAACAGCGCCCGGGCAUCAACAGCAGCAGCAGUCCCAGCCCCAGCAGAUGCAACGGCAACUGGUUGUACGGUUGCCGUACAGGUCGUUGGAUGAUCACUUGGCGGAUGCACGGGCGCAGGCGCCGCUGGCGUUUGGGCAGCUCAGCUUUGCGAGCAAGGCGUUGUUGGAGCUGGAGCCAUGAGGAGCACCGAGGAGGCGUGUUCUGGGUUGCGCGUUGGGUUAGAUAAGCUGAGCUGCGGAACACUGACCCUGGCCCUGUUGGGUUGGGUGCUGGGGUGAGGACCGGGAGGAGUACAGGUUCGCUGAAGGCGGCGGGAAAGCGGAUCCUGCUGCAGCCUGCUGGUUAGGAUUAACAUUAUAGUUACAUCAGGAUAGGAGUAGUAAAUCUUAGACGGUGAGGGCGGCUAAUCGACGAGGUAGGGGUACCGUAGCAGGGUAGCAUAAGUGACGAUACGGGGACUUUGGUCUCCCGGAUGUCUUGUUGACUGUAACCGGGCACAGCUAUCGCAGCCGGUGUAUUUG